GAGCACAACCACGUCAUGCUUCGGGACCGACGGGCCCCACGAUUGCGGCUCCUCCGGUAUAUGCCAUUGGCAUAUCCUUCCCCAUCUAGAGAUCACCCGCCGUUGUGGCCCCGGCGGGGAUGUGGGAGAGAAGGGGGCGGGAAAGCUCCCAGCGGUGAGGCCGCAAGCGUAUGCGGCGUGGCGGCACUGCACCAAAGGGUACACAAGUUUCUGCUGGGAUGGGAGUCCGUGGCUGCUCGCCUCCCGUUCCUCGGCGGCCCUCCAUUAUUGUAUCUGCAUUUGUCGUUCUCGACAUGGCACGUUCUCCUCCUCCCCCCCAUCUACGUCUUGCCACCUCAAAGAUUGCAAUCAUUGUACCGGACUUCUGCCAUUCUUCCACCCACCCCUUCCUUGCGCCCUAUGCUCGUUCAUUAUAUUGCCAACUCCCUCCCUACCCUCCGUCUCACAGACGUAGCACACAUACGACUGCAUCGCAGCGCUGCAGACAGCGAUGGAGGAGCUGCCCGUCAUCUCCCCCUCCUCCUCCUCCUCCCCCCCCCACCCCUCUCCUUCCACCAGCCGGCUCCCGCCACAGAGCUCCAGCGCCGGCUGCAGUGCCUCCUCCAAGCCCGCCCCGAGUGGUGGGCCUACGCCAUCUUCUGGCGCGCCUCCCCCGACCAUCGCGUCCUCUCCUUCGGCGACGGCCACUUCCGCGGCGCCCGCUGCCCCACCGACCGCCGGCCCCGUGGUUGCUACGCCGCCGAUGAGGCCGGCGCCGAUGCUGUCGAUGAUGCCGAGUGGUUCUACAUCAUGUCGCUCAGCCGGUCGUUCGUGGGGGGCGGGGCGAUCCCCGCGCGGGUCUACGGCUCGCUGGAGCUCCUGUGGCUGACCGGCGCGCAUGCCCUCCAGGCGUGCGGGUGCGACCGGAGCCGCGAGGCCCAGCUCCACGGGAUCCAGACCCUGGCGUGCGUGCCUGUCCCCGGCGGCGUGCUUGAGCUCGGCUCCCCUGACCUCAUCGGCGAUAACUGGGUCCUGGUGCACCAGGCCAAGGCCGUCUUCUCCGAGGGUCCCAACGACGCAUCCCCUACCGCCGGAGCCGCACUGGCGGCCGUCGCAUUCCCUUCGCCUGCGGUGAGGAAGGAAGGCGCCGGCCUCUCGUCGUCGGUCGACUCGGAGCACUCGGACUCGGAGGGCGGUACGACCGUGGAACGCCGCCGGCCCAAGAAGCGGGGGCGCAGGCCCGGGAGCGGCUCCCGCGACUGCACGUCGAACCACGUCGAAGCGGAGCGGCAGCGCCGCGAGAAGCUCAACCACCGCUUCUACGCGCUCCGCUCGGUGGUGCCCAACGUGUCGCGCAUGGACAAGGCGUCGCUGCUGGCCGACGCCGUAACCUACAUCGAGGACCUCAAGGCCAAGGUCGAGAUCCUGGAGGCCGAAGCCAAGAUGGCCAAGAAAGAGACCGCCGCGGACCAAGCCGCCACCUCCAUCACCAACGCCGCCUCGGCGACGACCGGCAGCCCCCCGACCGCCGUGACGGUGGCAAUCGAGAUGGAGGUGAAGCUCCUCGGAAAUGACGCGCUAAUAAGGGUGCAGUCGGAGGACCAGAACCACCCACCGGCGAAGCUGAUGUGCGCGCUGCGCGAUCUGGAGCUCAGCGUGCACCACGCGAGCGUGUCGACCCUCAAGGACGUGGUGCUGCAGGACGUGGUGGUGAAGGUGCCGACCGAGCUGCAAGUGGAGGACACCCUCAGGGCUGCCCUCCUCGCCAUCCUACACAAGAGCUGAGCUGCUAAUCACACCACACCGUACUUCGUUCCUGUUAAUAAUCUGGGUGUAUCACGUUUGGCCUCUCCCUGUCAGAAUAAGCCAUCGGCAUCAUCAAUGCAUCAACUUUCUUCCCCAAA